UCACUUCAACAUAAGUAAUUCAGUGUAUGAAAGUCUUUUGAAAUGAAUAGUUUGAGUAUUCAUCAAGGUUAUGUGUCUCCGCUUAGCACUCGCUAUGCUAGCAAGGAUAUGCAAUAUUUGUUUAGCGAUCAGCAUAAAUUCUCCACAUGGAGACAAUUAUGGAUAUGGCUGGCCCAAGCUGAAAGGUCAUUAGGUUUAGAUAUCAGUGAGGAGCAAAUUGUUGAAAUGAAAGCUCACAUGGAAGAUGUGAAUUUUAAGGCAGCGGCGGACGAAGAGCGUCUCACACGUCACGAUGUGAUGGCUCACGUUCAUGUGUUCGCCAAGCAAUGCCCUAAGGCGGCUCCCAUUAUACAUUUAGGUGCUACGUCAUGUUAUGUCGGGGACAAUACGGAUUUGCUAAUUUUGCGUGCUGCUUUGGAUAUGUUAUUGCCACGUGUUGCUACAGUAAUAUAUUGCUUGAAAGAGUUUGCCAUGAAGUACAAAGACCAGCCCACUUUAGGUUAUACCCAUUUGCAACCAGCUCAAUUGACCACGGUCGGUAAACGUGCAUGUCUGUGGAUUCAAGAUCUGCUGAUGGAUGAGCGCGCUUUGCGCCGUUGCCGCGAUGAUUUGCGAUUUAGAGGGGUUAAAGGUACCACGGGAACGCAAGCAUCGUUUUUACAGUUGUUUAACGGCGAUGGUACAAAAGUAAAACAAUUGGAUAUGUUAGUUACCAAGUUGGCAGGUUUUACGAAAACUUAUCCUGUGACGGGCCAAACAUAUUCGCGAAAAGUAGAUGUGGAAAUAAUGGCUGCCUUAGCCAGUCUGGGAACAAGCAUUCAUAAAAUGUGCUCCGAUAUUAGAAUAUUGGCUUCAAAUAAAGAAUUAGAGGAGCCAUUUGAAACCACUCAAAUUGGAUCUUCUGCCAUGCCGUACAAACGCAAUCCUAUGCGCUCUGAACGGUGUUGUUCGUUAGCGCGCCAUUUGGUUAGCUUGUAUAUGAACGCGGCUAAUACGCAUUGCACGCAAUGGCUAGAACGAACUCUAGAUGAUUCGGCUAACCGUCGUCUUACUCUCUCGGAGGGAUUUCUGGCUGCCGAUGCAGCGUUACUGACACUGCUUAAUGUUUCUCAAGGUCUUGUGGUCUAUCCGAAGGUAAUUGAACGCCAUAUUGGUGCAGAAUUACCCUUCAUGUCGGCUGAAAAUAUUAUUAUGGCAAUGGUAAAGAAAGGUGAAGACCGUCAAGAAUGUCACGAGAAAAUUCGUGUACUUUCUCAAGAGGCGGCCGCUCAGGUUAAACAACACGGGAAGGACAACGAUUUAGUACAACGCGUGCGAAAUGAUUCUUAUUUCAAACCUAUUUUAAAUGAAUUGGAUAAGAUAUUGGACGCCCGGACAUUCACUGGUCGAGCCAGUAGUCAAGUAGAGGAAUUCAUCAAUGAGGAGGUUGAUUGCAUUUUAGAGCGUUACAGAGAAACUAUAAACAACAUUCAAAGUGUUCAGCUCAAUAUAUAAAAGAGCGAAAAUGUAAUUUGAUUAUUGAGAUAAUGUUGCCUUUUUACAUUUUGUAAGAACUAAAGUUUGCUUUUCUUUCAUUUUUUUUUGCUUUAAAUAAAAUCCAAUAUGAAAACAGGAUCUCUUU